AUGACAAGAAAGCGAAAGCAAAAGAAUGGAAAUGAACGAUCAGAUACUCUGAUAGCUGGUGAGGAAGAGAUAAGUUGUCCAACACAUGUCAAACGGAAUGUGGGAGUCAAAAAGAGUGAAGCACUAACAAAUCUUGAAGAUCGUAAGGAUUGUGUCGAGGAAGAGUUACAAACUGCUCAUUCAUCGGAAUCCUCGCUAAUUAAUGUAGUAAAUGCUCAAGUUUUCAACUUAAUUUUAACUAUAACCUUACCAGUGAAAAGAUAUGCACAUUACCAUAAUUUGUGUCCGGAAUUGAUUAAAGGUAUUGACCAUAAUGGUAGUAUGAUGUUUCUAGAUAUUAAAGCUGGUAGUUCUACUCGUCGACGUUUGAAAAAAUUCCGUUUGUCCCUGCAUGAUUUCUUAAUGACUGAAAAAGGUGAUAGAGUCUUAAGCUGUGGUGAAGGUGAACAGCUCGGGCAUCCAGGACGCAUUGUUACUCGGAAACCAAGAGCUAUCUGUACACUGCCUGAAGGAAAGUUGAUUACACAGGUAGUUGCUGGUGGGGUUCAUUCUCUUGUAUUGAUGGAAGAUGGUACAGUGUAUGGUUGUGGAAUAAAUGAAAAAGGCACUGUACCGGGAGAAGGUGUCGGUCAAGAGGAGACUAUUGAUGUGUUAACUCCAAUCAAAUUCAAUGACUCACUCAUACAACAACAUGGAAAAGUGGUCAUGCUCACUGCUGGAGCCAGUUUUUCUGCAGCUCUUACCGAAAAAGGUAGUGUUGUAGCUUGGGGAAACAUACGAGGUAUGUCAGGUUGUAUUGAAAGUCAUGAAACUUUGUUGGAGAUGGAAAAGCACCCAGUGAUAAUCGUUCAGCACCAGCAAAAAGUAAUCGUAAAGAUUGCGGCAGGUGAAAAUCAUUUGGUCAUGCUAACUGAAAAUGGUGAAGUACUAACAUUUGGUGAUGGUUCGGUAGGUCAGUUGGGCAGAUGUUCACGAGUAUCAAAUAUUCGUUCACGGAGAAUGGUGAGUACUUCGCCCGAUUCUUUGAAAAUCUCUGUUUACGACAAGAAAAAGAAGAAAUUGGUUGUGUUCAACAACAUCAUGGCUGGUGGGUAUUGGACUGCUGCCCAUUCAAUCGAUGGAACUCUGUAUGUAUGUGGCUUGAACAAUUUCGGGCAGCUAGGAGUACCGAUUCCAGAAUUCCAUGAAGAGAAAGGUAACGAGCCAGAGCUGAAAAUAAUGCAUCCAGUUAAAGCAACUGCAUUUGAGAAGAGGGUCGUAGUGGACAUAAGUGGUAUUCAGCAUGUAUUGGCACUUACUGCAGAAGGUAAAGUAUAUGGCAUUGGUAAAAAUACGGACAAUGCGCUUGGAUUGGGGACAUGGAGUGGUAAGGAAGAUGGUGAUCAUUGGAAGUACUCUGAGCUGCAGAAUAUCAAUAUACCAGGAAUCGUCAGAGGAGUAUCAGCCAGUCUCGGUUGUUCGAUUAUUUGGACUGAUAAUGGUGAUGCUUAUUCAUGGGGUUACGACUCUUCUGGACAGCUAGGAUUGGGUAUUAAGGAUGAUGAUGACAAGAUGAUUCCUGAACCACAGAAGAUCACUUCGGUACAUCUUGAUGGUUAUCGCAUUAUCGGAGUGUCGCUAGCGGACAAUCAUGCUCUGUUUCUUGCUAAAAAGUUGAUUAAAUAA